AUGUCUUCCCAGAUAUCGGGUGCCGCAUUCGAUAAUCCAAGUUAUAAGAAUGAGAUUCAAACAUCGGAAAUGAGAAGAGGGACAAAUGAUACAAUUGACCCCUACAUAGCUAAUCUCGAGGGAGAAGGAAUCGAAGGUGAAAAACAGAGACUUCGGGAGAAAAUUGAGGCUGUUGAACUCAUUCCUACCGAAGCUUUUGGUUGGAAUGUUGAUGGUGAUCAAUCUCCUUUCCCUGAGGUCGCUGCCUGUGUGCCGAAUACAGAUGAUCCAAGUAUUCCUUGUAAUACUUUUCGUGCCUGGCUUCUCACUACCGUCUUUGUCAUCGUCUUCGCUGGUGCUAAUCAGUUUUUUGCCUUGCGUUAUCCUUCUCUUAGUAUCGGAUACGUCGUGGCGCAAUUUGCAAGCGCUGCUUAUGCCAGCACAGCCCUUGUAGCUAUAGUCAGUCCUGUGUACUGGAAACAUGAUAACGGCGCGGGUUUCUCCUUCUUGUUCCUCCUGACAACACAGAUGCUCGGAUUCGGUCUAGCAGGUCUUGCCCGCAGAUGGCUCGUCUACCCCGCUGCUCUCAUUUGGCCUUCCUCAUUAGCGUCGACUGUUCUUUUCCGAACUUUACAUGAACCACAGGAGCACUUUUCAGCCAAUGGUUGGAAUCUGUCUCGAUAUCGGUUCUUUUCCUAUUUUACCAUCAUUGCCUUUGUUAUUUUCUGGUUUCCGGAUUAUCUGUGGACUAGUUUGAGUACAUUCGCUUUUAUUACUUGGAUAGUUCCAAAAAACCAGGUCGUUAAUACUAUUUUUGGUAUGAAUUCCGGUCUGGGGCUACUACCAAUUAGUUUCGACUGGACCCAGAUUACAUAUGCUGGUACUCCUCUCACCACACCUUUUUACAUCACUUGCAAUGCAUUCGCUGUGGUUGUGAUUUUCUAUCUAUUUCUAUCGCCUAUUCUAUAUUAUACCAAUGUUUGGAACAGCGGGUAUCUCCCACUGCUAUCCUCAGGCACUUUCGACAACACUGGUAAAGCCUACAACAUCUCGCGCGUCAUGGAUGAGAAUCUUGACUUCGUUCUGAGCAAAUAUCAAGAAUACUCUCCAAUGUACAUCUCCAUGUCGUACAGCUUGACCUACGCCCUAUCCUUCGCUGCCGUCACUGCAAUAAUAUUCCACACCUACCUCUACAACGGUUCAGAAAUCUGGGCCAAGUUCAAAAAUUCCCGAUCAGGCGGUGAAGAUAUCCACAAACGGCUCAUGAAAAGCUACAAGGAAGUCCCAGAUUCGUGGUACGCUGUCCUCAGUCUCGUGGUAAUCGGCCUCGGUAUCUUCACAGUCCGAUACUGGGAAUCCGGUCUGCCAGUCUGGGGUUUCAUUGUCGUCUGUUGCGGUAUGGGUGUCACUCUCAUUGUACCCGAGGGAAUUCUCGAAGGCACUACAAAUCAGCGCGUCUUUCUUAAUAUUAUCGCAGAGCUCAUAGCAGGAUAUGCAUGGCCUGGUAAACCUAUUGCAAACUUGAUGGUUAAAUGCUACGGAUAUAAUUCCGUUAAACACGGGAUGGAUUUCGCUCAAGACCUCAAAUUAGGUCAAUACAUGAAAAUUCCCCCAAGAGUCCUUUUCGUCGGACAAAUUUAUGCUUCUGUGCUAGCAACAGCGACGCAGACGGGCGUAUUGAGAUGGAUGUUGGGACAUAUUCCGAAUCUGUGCAGUCCAAAAAAUACACAAAGAUUUACCUGCGCGGGGAGUAAAGUGGUUUAUAAUGCAUCGCUCAUCUGGGGCGCCAUCGGACCUCAGAGAAUGUUCCAGGCGGGUCAGACAUACAAUAGCAUUAUGUAUUUCUUCCUCAUUGGUCCGAUUGUUACGCUUAUUGUUUACUACAUCUAUCGCAAGUAUCCGAAUAGUUGGGUUCGGUAUAUUAACGUUCCUGUCUUUUUCAACGCGGCUGGAAAUAUUCCUCCCGCAAAUACUACUCAGUAUUCACUGUGGUUUAUAUUUGGAUUUUUGUUCAAUUUCUGGAUAAGGAAACGCGCUUUUGCGUGGUGGAAACGUUAUAAUUAUCUCCUCCAAGCAGCCAUGGAUACCGGCACAGCCCUCGCAACUAUCAUAAUAUUCUUCGCGCUCACAUAUAAUAACAUCACACUUAGCUGGUGGGGUAAUACCGUGGGUUCUAACACCGACGAUGCGAAUUCAGUACCGUAUUUGAAAGUUGCUGCUGGUGAGCACUUUGGGAAAAGUCCGGUUACCUACACAGAGUUACAUACCCAAGACCAAAAAUUAGUUCAGUAG